CGGAGUCAGAAUCGGAACAAAGAAAACUCAACUUCAAGCAACAAACAAAGAUGCCUUCCCAAAAAACUUUCAGAGUUAAGCAAAAAUUGGCUAAGGCUCAAAACCAAAACAGACCAUUGCCACAAUGGAUCAGAUUAAGAACCAACAACAAGAUCAGAUACAACGCUAAGAGAAGACACUGGAAGAGAACCAAGUUGGGUCUUUAAUUGUGCCCACUUCGCUUCUGUCAUCUUUCCAUCUGGUUACAAUAUCUAUCUAUAUAAAGAACUAUGUUUAAUGUCUAUCUCUCUAUAUAGCAGUACAAGACAAUCUUAUUAAUAGAUAACACUUAAUCAUAGACCGACUUCCGA